ACACCAUACAUAUAUAAGAAUUAAGGUGAAUUCCUUCCCAGCUAGUGUUGCAUCGUCUGUCAACUAACUCGCAUCGUAACUCUGCCUGCAAUUGAUAAAAUAUGAACCAGACAUUAGAAUUUCCGCAUGAAAUCAGAGAGGUUACUGAAGAAGAGGACUUGAUUGUCAAGAAAUACUACAAGAACUAUAUACGUAAGUUUCUUCGUGUCGGGAGUCAUGGAUACUUCCAACCUCCUGGUUACAAGGAACACGCUUCAACCAUUUACAAUCUCGAUGUAAGGACAGAUGAUGUCUGGGUGAUUUCAUUCUCCAGAUCAGGGACAACAUGGCUCCAAGAACUGGUAUGGCUUGUAGCGAACGACUUGGAUUAUGAGACGGCCACAACAAUGUUGUCUCAAAGAUUUGCAUACAUAGAAUACCCAACUUUGGAAUCUGAUAAGAAAAAACCAUCCUCGAAAGAUCACGGUUACCGUGCCACUGUCAAUGACUUCACAAAUUUGCAUACUUUGGCUUCACCACGAUAUGUUAAGAGUCAUCUGCCACUCUCUCUGUUGCCGCCUAAGCUACUUGAUACUGCAAAGGUGUUUUAUAUAGCUCGGGAUCCUCGUGACGUGAUUGUAUCGUUCUUCUUCAUGCACAAAUUGUUUAGAUACUUUGACGAAAGUGUGGAGUUGCAGGAAUUUUGGGAACUUUUCAAAAAAGAUUUAGUCAUACACAUGCCUAUAUUUCCGCACGUAAAGGAGUCUUGGGAAAAACGAAAACACCCCAAUAUGAUGUUUCUUUUUUAUGAGGAAAUGCAAAAGGAUCUACGUCUUGUCAUAGAUAAAGUCUGCAAGUUCCUCGGAAAAGAUUUUUCCGACGAACAAAAAAAUAAAUUAGUGGAAUAUCUGAAUUUUGAGAAUAUGAAAAAUAGAAGUGCACCCAAGUUCAAAAAAACCGAUGAUACUGACUCUGAAAUGCAAUUUUUGCGGAAAGGUAAAUCUGGUAAUUGGGUGAAUUAUUUCCACUCUCAGGAAUUAAUGAAAGAACUCGAUGAAUACAUGGAGAGAAACUUGAACAACACAGAUUUAAGGUUUCCAGAAGUAAACAAAUAAUAAUUUUCUUUUCAAAAUUUGAUAUCUUGUACACUUCAUUCUCUAUCAUCUUCAUGCGAACAAAAAACAAAGAAUAGUAAAUAUAAAUAUUAUAUGAUAAUUAUGAUUACAAUAUUGAAAUAUAUACAA